GUACUUUUAAACUGUUUACACUGGUAACCAGUGACAUGGAAAAUGCUGAAAGUUUGAUAAAGUCACGAAAAAGCAAAGACGUUUCAUAUAUUGUGUUUGAAAACAGAUCCUCAACUGUGGCCAGUGUGUUUUGGCAUGAUUUUGAUGGGAGAAAGAUAAAAUUCUGUCAACUUCAAAGUAGUGGAACAUAUAGCAAAUAUAAAGUCAAAACAUUUGUUGGUCACCCAUGGUCGGCUGAAGAUUCUGACACUGGAGUAAGCUUGCGAAUCGACUAUAAGCCUGUGUUCUAUCCGUAUUCAAAUCCAAAUAAGCAUGCAAAGGUUUACAUAGAUGACGUUACUAAAAACAGAGAUCCAGGAAGCAGUAGGGGUUUGCAGUCAUUUGUAGAGUCAAAAGCAUGUCCACUAUGGGUCAGGAAGAAGCUUGCGAAAUGAGAGGAUUAAAUGUGAUGGAUAUGUAAAAUUGACAUUUCAGCAUCCGAAAUGACCUUAAACAUAAUUUCACAAUGACCGCCAUCUGACCAUGCAGCACAUGCAUUUGUUGUUCACAUGCAAGUUUGUUGCGAGACAGAAUAUAUGAAGCAUUUCUAUCGCUAUUUUG